AUCACAUUAAAGUUAAUUUAAUUAUUCGAUGUAUUUAAAAAUAUACUUUGUGAAAAGAAGAGCUCUGCAUUUCAAAUGCAUCACAGAAUAAACAGCUUGCAAAGAAAUGUGCUACAAAUUCAGCUUCUAUUGUGAAGAAAAUGCCACUCGGAACAUGGCGGCAACGAAACGUGUGGCGAAACAUAAUGUGGGCGGGACUUCCUGGUGUUCUACUCCGUGAUUGGCGGGUCCAGCCUCUGACCCCAGUGCGCAGACUCGUGCUUCUCUCCGGUACAAUGGCGGCAGUUGGAGCGCCGUCCUCCGUGUUUUCUCGGGUUUCUGUCCACGGAGCAGCAGCGGGAGAGUUAAUAAAGCUGUAAGACAGAAACAGCAGCAGUUGGUGAACUCUGGAAAGAAGAGAAACGGUUUGAGGCUCAGCUGGAACUGCUCAGUAACUGUUAAAGGAAAGUUUGGAGAGAGAAAAGCUAGCAGAGAUGUGGAGACAGCAGGUCAAACAGCGACUGGAUGCAGCAGAGGAGCAGAGACACGAAAUACUGGAUGCUGCUUUCAGCCCCGAACAUCGGCUGCACACAUCAGGUUUGGAGAUUUACCUUCUUCAUCAGGGAUGGGAGCUGCAGGCCGGGAGCUGCUUCAGUCAAAACAGCGGAGACGUUCGUCCCACUGCCGCCGUCAGAGAAGAUUCCCCGGAGGAGCCCCGCUCUGACUGGGACCCAGAACCCGUCCGGAUCAAGGAGGAGCAGGAGGAGCUCUGGGACAGUGUGACGGGGGAGCAGCUGGACAUGAAUGAGGAGAUGGAGAGCACCAGAAGAAGAGUGAAGAGUGAGGACGAAGAUGAGGAAGAGGAGGAGAAGCCUCCGGUCUUACUGGGCGCUCUCCCUAGCAUCAGCUCAGUGAACCAGAUGAAGUCAGAAAGCGAUGAAGAGGAUGGAGAAGGAGGAAGAUCCAGAAGGAUCUCAGAUCCCAACACACAUGGAGACACUUCCAGCUCUUCAGACACUGAGGUCAGCGAGGAAGAGGAGGGUGAUGAUGAGAACCAUUCUGACGCUCAACUCAAGCCCUUGUCAGACUCCGAGGCUGAAACCGAAGGGAGUGAAGACGACUGUGAGGAGAGCGGCUUUCGCAAGGUGAAGGGGAGAAUUCCCAGCAGAGCUUGGAGCUGCGCCGAGUGCAGUAAACGGUUCGCCUCCAAGCGCUCCCUUCAGAGUCACAUGGCAAGUCAUUCACAACAAAGACCUGACGGGAAGGAGGAGAAAUGUUUUAGUUGUGACAUCUGUGGGAAAAGUUUCAAGAGAAAAAGUCACUUAAACCUUCACACAAUAAUCCACACAGGGGAGAAACCGUUUGGCUGCGACGUCUGCAAGCAAAGAUUUGGUCGAAAGUCUCACCUGAACAGACACAUGACCAUCCACUCUGGGGAGAAACCCUUCCAGUGUGAGAAAUGCGGCAGAAAGUUUGCUAGUAAAUGCCGCCUCAACUCACACCAGAGAGUUCAUUCUGACGAGAAACCAUUUGGCUGCGACAUGUGCGAGCAAAGAUUCAAGGACAAGUCGGCAGCGAACCGACACAUGAAAGCCCACUCUGGAGAGGAACCAAUCAGAGAAAAGCAGUUUGGCUGCAACCAGUGCACUAAAAGGUUCACCAGUAAAAGUUGCUUGAAUUCACACCUGCGAAUCCACAGCGGAGAAAAACCGUUUGUUUGUGAUCUCUGUGGGCAGAAAUUCUUCUACAAGGCGAAUCUGAAAGCACACAUUCGGAUUCACACAGGGGAGAAACCCUACAGCUGUGACGUGUGUGGACAAGACUUCAGAUCCAAGUCGCAUCUAAACACCCACCAGAGAAUCCACACCGGAGAGAAGCCGCUCAACUGCGACGUCUGUGGACAACGAUUCAGCCGCAAGUCGCAUUUAACCAGACACAUGAAGGUCCACACAGGAGAGAAACCCUUUGGCUGCAUUCAGUGCAGCAAGAGGUUCACCAACAAAACCGACCUGACCUUCCACCUGAGAAUUCACACCGGGGAGAAACCAUAUGCCUGUGAUUUCUGCGGGAAGAGAUUCAUGGUCAAAUCAGCUGCAAACAAACACAUGAGAGUGCAUUCGGGAGUGAAGCCAUUUGGCUGCCAUCUCUGUGGGCAAAGGUUCACAGCGAAGCCCAGUGUGAAGAAACACAUGAUCAUCCAUACAGGGGAGAAACCCUUCUGCUGCAAAGUCUGCGGGUAUAGAUUCAACCUGAAGACCAGUUUAGACAGACACGUUAGGAUCCACACUGGAGAAAAACCAUUUGGUUGUGACAUUUGUGGACGGCACUUUAACCGCAAGUCCACCUUAAAUACACACAUGAAGAUCCACAGAGAAGAGAAAGUUGCCUAGAAAGGCAACUAUGGAGAAAAUUUGAGUUCACAACUAACCCAACCAAUACACUUUUCAGGUUUGUUUAGAAAUUAAUGUGAUUUGUGAACAGAAAUGGUAUUUCAUUCAUGGAAUCUGUUUGUGGACAGUUACACCUUUAAUGAAAGGUGUAACUGUUGAUCCGCUGUUGAUAAAAUGAUCCGCGGAUCAUUUUAGUUGUUUCUCAGGUUAUCGAGUUGUUUAUCUGGGAAAAUAAAAACUGUUUUAGCUGUAAUGUUUAUGGGAGAGAUCGGAUCUGGAAGAGAAAACAAACCGAAUAAACACUUAUCCUAAGACCAGCUCCGUCUGAUCCACAGCCAGAUUUAAAAGGAUGCAGUUCCUCCUUCUAACCACAAGUCCAGUCGAAUUAAUGGUUAGACUGAACAGAAAACUGGUGGAUUGAUUCAGUUAGUGACUAAUUAGAGCAUUUAAGUCCUUUGAUCAAAAUAAGCUGCUUUGAUCUUGACUGUAACGUGUCAGAAGGCCUAGUCAAAGGCCAGCCCCUAAAGGACUGGCUGCAGUAUGUUGUUACUGCCACAAAGAGACUGAAGUCUUGUGUACGAGUUCCUUUCGUCUGUAAAUAUUAGCUGUUAUUAGAACCGCUUCUGCAUUUUAAGGUGCUGAACUGAUAUUUAUUUGUAGUUUUCUAUUUAUUUUAAUAACCAGGCGCUUCUGAAAGGAACAUCAGCUGCUAAUUAAAACCUUUCAGUUUUCAAAUAAUCAGAAGUUUGACUGAAAGCUCAGCAGAUCUGAACCGAUUACCGGUUUUAUCGAUAUUUAUGUGACUCCAACCAGAAUCAUGCCUGUUUUCUGAUCUUCUGUUGCCCACCUGUCCUGGUUCUGAUCCAGUUCUGAACCAGCCCAGUGCUCCAGACUUCGGCAGGAAGCCAUGUUUGGUCUGAGCUGGUUCUCACGGUUAGCUCAGACUCAUCAUGCUGAAUCCUCGCCCUUCUCCUGGUAACAGAACCUCAGAUCAGUACCGGUUCUGGACUCAAAGUGGUACCGACUCAUUUUGGCUAUUUGACUCAUUUAGGCCCCUGGUUUUUGCAGAUCGGUAGCAGAACCAGCUUGGUGGAAAGGACUCCUGGUCAUGUUGGAGCUUAAAUCGGAUUAUUCCUGAAAGGACGCUCAGGUUUAACAUCCUGAUGGAAGCAUAAGCAAAUCAUUUUAUUUCAGUGUCUUUAGGAUAAAAACAUAAACUUUAUGAUUAUGUCUUCACAUGUCGCUUGUGCUCUGUUUGAGGCGGCCAUGACGGGAGCUGGGUGUUCAUGAUGAAGGCCCGCCUCCCGGAGGCAGAACCUUCGUCCUGUUUGGGUGUGAAUGAAGAACGUCUGCUAGCACCUGGAAGGAACAGAAACAGACAUGUUUGCUUUUAAUGAGAAGCAGAAAUACAUUUCAGUAGAACCGGAUCAGGCAGGUUAUUGUUCAGCUUCUAUCUGAUUAUUGUAAGGUGGUUCUGACAGAAUUGUUUCUUUUCUAUGUAAAACAGUCGAUCUUUUAUGCUUCAUGUUUUUAAAUGUUCUCACUAAUAAACACAUUUUACCACAAAA